CGGAUCAAGAAGUAUCUCCCAUCUGGAGUUCUUCUUUCUUUCUUUCUUUCUCUUUCUUUCUUGUAUAUAAAUAUCUCAUUUUCUUCGCACGGUUAUGAUCGCGUUUGUUCGGUAAGGAGUUACGAAUUUUGUUCCGACAUGGAGACCAAGCCGAGACUUGGAGAAUAAAGGAAGGAAAAAACGUUGGAGAAUAAAAGCGCGGAGGAAAGAAAGGGCUUUCGGAGUUUGGAGCACCGUUAUGUCCCGUUAGGAGAUUUAUUAUUAUUAUUAGAAGGAGUAAGUUUUUGGGGAGUUUAUUUCCUUCUUUUCGGUGUUCUUUUUUCUAUUUUUUUUAAUCCAUCUUUUGAUGUACAUGGGUCAUCGGUGAGCUCGCGCGCUCCGCGGGAUGGGAGCGAGCCAGGGCAAGCAGAGCGGGAGUGAAGGGAAGGGCAGUUCCAGCAUUUCCUCCGACCUGAGUUCAAGUACGGAUCAGACGUCGACCAAAGCUCCAAAGAAUGUGGCUACCAGUGAAGACUCGGACGUGAGCAUGCGCACUCUGAGCACGCCCAGUCCUGCUCUCAUCCUCCCGCGAUCUUCGCCUGCGUUCUUCAAUGGCUCCUCGUUGUCCUUCGCUCCCGAGACUGUCGGCCUCGCUUAUCCACAGCGUGGCAUGUGCCAGUCCAAAGACCAUCUUCAGGGGGCACCCAUUGACAUGCUGCCUGACCACGCCUUUCUGCAGAUCUUCGCUCAUCUGCCCACCAACCAGCUGUGUCGGUGCGCCCGGGUGUGCCGCCGAUGGUAUAACUUGGCAUGGGACCCACGGCUCUGGAGGACAGUGCGCCUGACAGGUGACGUGGCACAUGUGGACCGGGCAUUGCGGGUGCUUACGCGUCGUCUAUGUCAGGAUACACCCAACGUAUGUUUAACCGUGGAAACGGUGGUGUUGAAUGGCUGUCGCAGACUUACCGACCGUGGGCUUUACACAGUGGCGCAGUGCUGCCCCGAGCUGCGGCGCCUCGAUCUGGCCGGCUGCUACAACGUGUCCAACGAGGCUGUGUUCGAGGUGGUCUCACGAUGCCCUAACCUCGAGCACCUGGAUGUCUCAGGAUGCUCGAAGGUGACGUGCAUCAGUCUGACGCGGGAAGCGUCCAUCAAACUUUCUCCUCUACACGGCCAGCAGAUCUCAAUCCGCUACCUAGACAUGAGCGACUGCUUUGCACUUGAGGACGAGGGUCUGCACAUCAUCGCGGCUCACUGCACGCAGCUCACGCACCUGUACAUGCGCCGCUGCGUGCGCCUGACCGACGAGGGUCUGCGUUUCCUCGUCAUCUACUGCCCGGCGGUGCGCGAGCUGAGCGUUAGUGACUGCCGCUUCAUCAGUGACUUCGGUCUGCGCGAGAUUGCCAAGCUGGAGGGUCACUUGCGCUACCUGAGCAUAGCGCACUGUGGCCGGAUCACCGACGUAGGAGUGCGUUACAUCGCUAAGUACUGCUCCAGGCUACGUUAUCUGAACGCCAGAGGCUGCGAGGGCCUCACGGACCACGGCAUCGAGCACCUGGCCAAGAGCUGUCCCAAGCUCAAGAGCCUGGACAUCGGGAAGUGCCCACUGGUGUCGGAUGCCGGGCUGGAGGUCCUCGCGCUCAACUGCUUCAAUCUGAAGCGCCUGAGCCUGAAGGCAUGCGAGAGCAUCACGGGCCGCGGGCUGCAGGUGGUGGCGGCUAACUGUUUUGACCUGCAGCUGCUUAAUGUGCAGGACUGCGAUGUGUCUCUCGAUGCGCUGCGCUUCGUCAAGCGCCACUGCAAACGCUGCAUCAUUGAACACACCAACCCAGCCUUCUUCUGAAAGCCGCGAUGAAACAGACAGUCUGAUACAUCGACGAUGACAAUCUCAUAUGCAUAAUGCUAACAAGCGCUGUUUCUAUUCAUUGUUAGUGAUGCUAGCACUUUUGGGUUGUAAUUCCUGUAAGUACGGUCUGUAUACAUUAAGCAGUAUAAUAAGAUAUACUUACAAAUAAGUGCCAAAGACCAAUCCGAUCGUCUUGAUUAAUGUCGCUACAGACCUCCAAGUUCUCUGGAUUGAAUAUUUGCGUCAUUGUCUUAGCAACAAAAUUAGCUGACCGUAUUCAGACCUAAUAGAACGAGAUUAGAGUUUCCUUCAUAGCACGAACGUAGUUGAAGAUAUGUUUGGGUUUUCGAAUUCUCGGGUAGUCGAAAUUAGGUCUGUACAGUCCGCAGUACUGAAGGAAGAGCAGCUGCCUGCCAAAACCUACAUUCAAAACCAAUCACGAAAGCACUUUUAGCAAGAAAACACAUCUGAUGAUGUUAUGAGAUCCUUUAAGACACAAGGCUAAAUUCCAGAUCGCUCUCUAACCCCUGGUAAAGGGCAGUACUUGGUAAGAAUUUGGUAUGUGGAACAAGGGAUUAUACACUACAAGUAGCACCCUAGCUUUCUAUUUAAUGCUAUUUGGGAUUCAACCCUGGAAUAGUUAGUUUGCUGAAAAUAUUCUAAAGUGGAAUAAGUGGAGACAUAAAGUGAUUUAAAGGACUGUCCACCUCUGAACUGUUUAUUCUCCUCACCUUUUUGGUUACCAGUAAGAAUUUAAACCUACUUUCACCCCUGGGUGCAGGACACAGUGUGAGUAAAACCAUUUGGAUUAAUGUGCAUUAAAGGGAAUAAAUUGUGCCAUAUAAUAUUCUUUUGACUUUUUAGUUCUAGCACAAACACCGAACAGAUCUUGUCAUGUGACUACGUCUAGAGAAGGAGGAAACGGAAAUUGGGUACAUGUCGAUUUUUUUUCACGUACACUCUCGAUACAUUUUAUAUGACUGUUUUGUUUUAAACCGAGGCCUCGUGAUUUAGCGUUUAACCCUUAUUUAUGCUUCGUCUGUAUUUCCUUGUACCCCUCCCCCUACACUUGUUUACUGAUAUUACAGCCAUCGUGUACAGAAGUGUAUUUACUAGUUUGAAAAAGGGAACGAACUUUCAAGGGAACGAACAUUCAGAUUUGCAAUUUUCUUUUCGAUAUGGGAGCAAUAAUUUAAGCUAUAGAUAUAAUCAUGAAUCCGAUCCGGAAGUCUUCAGGUUUUACACUACACUCCGUAUACACACGUUGGUGUAUGCUUGCUCUGGUUAUCUAAUGAGGUAAACAUACGACGGUCUGUUAGUCGCAGAUUCAAUAUUUGGAUAUCUUCCAUGUACCAUAUUACACUUUCAUUUCACAAAAGUUGAUUUUUUUUUUAAUAUUUCUUUUUUAUAAUAAACUUUUUAUGUAACAGUUUACCAGAUGAUCGGUUGCUUCUCGACAUCCCAGCUCUUUGAACACGCAGUUCACCACAGUGCCAUUUUCACCAGGUAAUAAUGGUCAGAAUGUAUGGUUCGGCUGCGAACAUAAUGGUGAAAUAAAAAUAUCAAGCCAUAUUAAACAGAAG